AUGGGCGGCUUUAAAAGACUUCAGCCCAUCAUUCUGGAUGGUUUCUCCCACGGCAUUCAGAUCGGCCAGCCUUUCGACACGUCAUGGGGCGCUGCCUGGUUGACAAGCGUCUACACCGACAUAGACCACGACCUGUUCCGAAACAUGGACCCAAUAGCCUUUCGCAGGAUAAGAUAUGGGAACAAUGUUGCUGUUCUCUUUGGCGCGUUGGUGGAAUGCGCCGAGUUCUACGAGCUUCCCUCGUUCUGGCAUGUCAUCUCUCAAGGCUUCAGCGCCAACGCAGACGCAGUGAAGUCGAUAGUAACAGUCCUCGUCGCCGCCCGCAAGGCUGUCAAGGACAGAUACCCAACCAGUGCCUCAUCCCAAACAGCAAGGUCGGCCGACGAGUGGAUCGACAUUUUGGAUCACCGAGGACGGAACACUUCGCUUUUCCAGUUUGCGCCUAGCAAGGAAGCAGACCUUCGAGCUCGCGCUGCUGCCUUUUUCAAGUCCCAGCAGAAACAAUGGCUGAAUGCAGCUUGGGUCCCUCUGAAGGACCAGCCUAUUUCAACACAGUCCCAGCUCUCGAGCAAGAGCUCAAGGAACGACCGACCAGCUUCGCCUGGCAACCAAUCUGCCUAUCGAGCUGGCAGCACUAGUCGGUAUAAUCCACGCAAGCGGUCUGCCUCGCCGCCACCUGAACGCAGCUCAAAACAAGCCAGGAUGACGUCGACUUCAGCCACCAACCAUACAAUUCCAGUCGAAGCCCAGACCAAAGUCCCUCUUCCAGAGUCGACAAACACGCCACAGGCAUCCCAGCACCUGGUAGGCAUCAAACUACCCUCUGCUCCAGGCGGAGAACCCUCGCCGAGAUCCUCCUGGCUGCUCAAAGCCGGCAGCCACAUCCCCAGCAGAUCCCCAUCAAUCGCAGACCUUGUCCCGCUCUCAGACUCGUCCGAACACGAAGGGGUGGUCAAACUCCGCAAUCAGAUUUCCAUCCUGGAGGCAGAGCUCGCCAACGCCAAAGCCGAACGCCCACCCCCCUCAAAACCUAAUGACUUUGACCCCCAAGAGUUGAAGAGCACGCUUUCGACUAUCACGAAUGCGGUUUCGACGCUGAUGGAAUCAUCUCAUCACAUUGUGGACGGGUUGCAGAGUCUGCAGAAUGAUAUCCUUUCCCGGCCGCAGCCACAAGCACAGCAGCUUUUGACGCCUGAUCCGCCGGCGUUUGAGGCGAAACUGGAUGCUCAGCAUGAUUUGCUGCUUGCGCUGACGAAGCAGAUGGCGGCGGGGAAGGAGGAGCCGGAGACGGUGGAGGAGGCGCUCGGGUUGGUGGAGAGGGAUGUUAGGGGGCAUCGGGAGAGGUUGUUGAGGUUGUAUCACAAGAUGGAUAUGGAUGGGGGGGAGGAAGGGGGGAAGGUUGAUUGGGUUGCGGGGAUAUUGGCGGGGAUGGAGGAUUUGGAACGGAGGAUAGGGGAGGGGGUACCAAGGGGGGGGGGGGUGGUUGAGUAA